AUGAACUUUGAUGACAUACUCUCUGAAAUCAACGGAUUUGGAAAAUUUCAGAUUGUACUUUUCUUGAUUCAGGUGUUAUCUAGAAUAAGUCUACCAUGCCACUUCCUGUUGAGCAACUUCAUCGCAGCUAUUCCGCCUCACCACUGCGACGUCAGCGGCCUUGAGGAUGGAGGAUUGUUCGGAAACUUAACUUCCGAUCAAAAAGUCAUCGUGGGCAUUCCAAAGGAGCAAGAUGGGGCUCCGAGCUCCUGCUUGAUGUUUCCAGGCCCCCAGUACCAGUACUUGUUCAGCUCAAACACCAGUGAGGAGACAUUUCCCGUCAAGUGUCAUAAUGGAUGGGUCUAUGAUAAAAGCAUCUUUCAGUCCACUUUGGCAACAGAGUGGAACCUAGUGUGCAACAAAAAAUGGAUGAACAAAGCGACGGCCACAAUAUUCUUCAUCGGUGUUAUGACUGGAGCUCCCCUGUUUGGAUAUCUGAGUGACAGGUUUGGGCGACGGCCUCUGCUGCUGGUAUCCUACCUGACCUCACUGACCUUUGCUGUUCUGAGCGCCGUGUCAACGUCGUUUGUAAUGUUUGCCGUUAUGAGGUUUCUCACUGGGAUGUCCCUUGCAGGAAUAAACAUUAUCUCUAUCGUCCUAAAUAUUGAAUGGUGCAGCACCAAACACAGGACUUUCUCUGGCAUUAUGAUUAGUUUGGAUUGGACACUUGGAAACUGGCUUCUGGUUGGGAUUGCUUAUGGUAUAAAUGAGUGGAGAAUGCUCAUUCUGGCCGCAACUUCACCCUUAAUUUUGGCUCUUAUCGCCUGGAGAUGGCUUCCAGAGUCUGCUAGAUGGCUCAUAGCAAAUGGGAAAGCAGAAGCUGCUCAGUAUUACAUAAUGAAAUGUGCCAAGAUGAACAACCGAUCCAAGAGCCUCACCACCAUCACUCCCAAAGCAUUAAUGGAAUCUGUGGAAAAAGAAAGGGGAGAAAAGAAGUACACUGUUAUAGACCUUUUCAAAACACCAAAUAUGAGAAAACUUGCAAUAUGCUCAGGGAUUGUUUGGUUUGGAGUUGCCUUUACAUAUUACGGAAUCACUCUGAAUAUUGUGGGGUUUGGACUCAACCCUCAUCUAACUCAAUUUAUAUUCGCAUCCAUUGAAAUGCCGAUGAAGAUCGCAGUUUAUUUCUCCUUGAAGAAAAUUGGCAGAAGGCGUUGUGAGAUCGCCGCCCUUCUGGCCACCGGUCUCCUCCUUUUCAUCAACAUUUUUGUUUCCAAAGAUAAAUGGCUCAUUCGUACCAUUGUGGGAGUUCUUGGAAAAUCCACAUCAGAGGCCUCGUUCACAAUAAUGUACCUUUAUACAACUGAACUUUAUCCCACAGUAGUACGACAGAACGGUUUGGGCUACACUGCCUUUUUGGCCCGCCUGGGUGUGUCCGUAUCCCCACUAGUCGUUCUAUCAGAGGACGCGUGGCAUCUGCUCCCAGCAUGCAUUUACUGUGCUGUGGCUCUGAGCUCAGGUGUGAUUGCUUCACUCCUACCUGAAACAUUAAACGCUCAACUGCCAGAGUUCAUCGAAGACAUUGAGAAAACCAGGAGAGGAUCUGCGAGGAGAGCAGAGAUUCAAUCAGAGAUGCACAAUGACCUGCUACAAACUCCUGCUUAGCUUUGUGAAAUAAAAAAAACACAUUUUAUCCUGUUAAAUUCAUAACAAGCUCAAUAAAUCCUUUAACUA